AUGCUUGAUUCAUUUUUAACAUUUGAGCUUCUUUUUCUGUUGAAAUUCGCGUGUGCUCCAAUUCGCUACCUAACAGGCAUGAUACUUAGCAACAACUUAAUCUCUAAAACCCAUUACGAGAUAAUCGGUGUCGAUGAAGAUGCUGGGCAAGAAGAAAUCCGUAAAAAUUACAGAGCCGCCAUUCUCAAUCAUCACCCAGAUAAACUGCACAAAUCUGAGCAUGAGUCGAACAAUCAGUUUUUAAAAGUGCAGAGGGCCUGGGAAGUCCUUGGUGACCCAGUGUCCCGCGCCCUUUAUGACAAUGAACUCAGGAAAUCGAGACUGGAUGCCGAUGAUGUCAGCUUCGAUGAAAUGGCUGUUGAAGAUUUUGGUGGCUAUUUCGAACUAUCAUAUUACUGCAGGUGUGGGGAUUUGUUCUUGAUUGAUUCGUCUGAGCUGGCGGAAAUGGGAUAUCCUUUGACGAGCAAUGGUGGUGAAAUUUCUUUAUAUCCAGCAAACUCGUCUUUACCGGCAUCUGUCGUCCUUCCUUGUGGGUCUUGCUCACUUAAAAUACGUUUACUAAUCGAUGCUGAUGUAAAACUUAAAGUUAUGGCCAAGUUGAGCUAA